GCUGCUGCUGUUGCUAUUACUGUUACUGUUGCUAUUACCGUUGCUGCCGCUGCCGCUGCCGCCGUUGUUGUUGGUGGUGGUGAAGGCAAGCGGAGGCGCCGACUGGCCAAUUGCAACCAAAGAGUUGCUGCAAAACCGAGUGGGAGCGAGUGCGGGAGGCGAUUCGAGGUGCGUCUCCUCCUCAGUCCAGUAAAGGCAUACCGCGAGGAUGAAGGGUCAAGCAGCGUUGUUGCUGCUCCUAAUAGCAGGUGCGCUCGCAUCCACGACCACGAUGUUGGACACAACAACGACCGCCAACAGCGUCAGGUCCAGCAUAAGCAACACCGACGCCGAGGUAUCGUCCAUCCUCAGCUUCGACGCCAAGGACAUUCUCAUUCAGAAUAUGCGCUCCGAGGAUGAGGACGUCAACAACGAGAAGAUCCAAGAGGAGUUGGCGAAAGUGAUCAAGGCCCAGGCGAGGAGGAUCGCCAAGCCGACGUCGGCUCGCGCGCCCUUGAGCAAAUCGAGCAGCAUCGCCGCGGCCCACGGCAGUUACAACACUACCGACAGCCAAGCGCUUAAAGCCCUUCUCGAGGCCGAGGACAUGGUGUAUAACGAAGACGUCGAGGGCGACGACGACGACGACGACGAGGACGAGUACGACGACGAGGACGAGGACGAUGACGAGGACGACGACAUCAACGACGACGAGGAAGUGAUGACAGGCUGUCCGGAUUACUGCCGGUGCGUCGGACCCUACGCGGCUGCCACCACCGCCAGGUGCAGCAAGUUGCUGGACGACCAGAACUUCGGCUCGGGCAUCGCGCACCUAAAAAUCGAGAAUGCCGGGGACAUCAAGCUAGGACCACACGCACUUCGUAAGCUCGGACUCCGCCAGCUCGAGUCCAUCAGUAUCGUCGACACGAAGAUCGUCGAGCUCGACAGGACCGCUUUCGACGGGCUGCGCGACCUCUUCGUCGUUAACCUCACCCACAACGGCCUCACCACCAUACAUCCCGACACCUUCCAGAAUAACUCGCAGCUCAGCCUCCUCACCAUCGCCAACAAUCCCCUCAAGUUCAUGACCUUUAGGCGGGGAAGCAACGACUACCUCCUGGAUGCACCGAGUGUCACUGAAUUAGAUUUUUCCAGCAACCAGUUAGCGCGACUGCCGAGACGUGCCUUCGCCAAGAUGACCAAUCUUGCCUACAUCAGUUUGAAGAACAAUCGCCUCAACAAUAUUGAACGAAAUCUUUUUAGCCCAUUGGACUCGUUAGUGGAUUUAGACCUGUCGCACAAUCUCCUCUCUGAUUUGCCCCUUGACUUGUUCAAGGACAAAGGCUUACAAACCCUGAGAAUUUCGGGCAACAGCUUAACGACUCUAAGUGUUAUCAGGGCAUCGAAGCUUACGACGUUAGACGUAUCGAUGAAUCGCCUCAAGGUUAUCGCGAAGGGCGAUCUCGACGGUGUUCCCUACCUGGACCAGCUUUACUUGAGUGCCAAUAAUCUCAAACGAAUUCACCAGCACGCCUUCUCGGAUCUCGAUCAGCUGACUUACCUCGAUCUCAGCAACAAUAAUCUCAUGACCUUGAGCGAGCAUCAUUUCAGAACGAAUUCGAGGCUGCAGGUGCUGCUGCUCAGUGACAACCCCGACCUUGAGACUUUACCGGUCUUUAGAACGAACGCCCAAGAAUUCGAGAGAUACAGCAUUUACCGCUUCGAGUGCGAAAACUGCGGUCUGACCUUCAUCGAGUCCGGCACGUUCGACGCCAUGCCCGCGAUGACGCGCCUCAACCUCGCACGCAACAAGUUGACCGGCCUGCCCAAGGACCUCUUGCGCUCGCUCUCGUCGCUGCGCGAGCUCGACCUCUCCAUGAACGGCUUCGACGAGCUCGAGGACGACACAUUCGAGGGCGCCACCUCCCUUACCAAGCUCAACAUCGCCAUGAAUUCGUUCGCUUCCGGCCUAAGGGUCACGCCCUUCCUUAAGACGCCAAAUCUGCUGCGCCUGGACGCCAGCUACUGUAACAUGCAGAGAGUCUGGAGCGAGGCGAGGUUGCCAUUCAAGAGCCUCAGGUUCCUCUCGCUGCACAAGAACCGAUUGACGCGCGUCACCGUGGAGGAGCUGCGCGCGAUGCCAAAUCUCUCCGGUCUCGAUCUCUCGCGCAAUCCGCUCCGCUGCGACGAGGACCUGAGCGCCGCGAUCCAGUGGCUGACCGACAACAACGUCACGCCCAAGGAAUCGGUCCACGUGACCGGCAGCGUUACCAAGCACGACUACGAUUACGAGGGCUACGGGGAGUCCGAGCCCGUCACCCAGUGGAGCGACCUCGCCAAACGGCUCUGUGACUCCUGGGAGGGCGGCCCGCCACCGAGGCCCGCCCCCAGAAAGCCCGCGAAGAAGUCCCAGUCGGCGGGAGCGCAGGCCACGGCCGCGGUCCAAGAAUCCGCCGAGACUGGGCUGCCAUCCCUACCCGGACCCUUCAUCAAAUUCGACUUUAGCGACGACUUUAGCCACGUCCCCAACAACAAGCUGGGAUACGGGCACAGCACUAACGAGGAGAUCGAGCUCGCAUGGAGCAGCCAGGAUCAGGAGUACGAGGAGCUGGCGAACCAGGCGAACGUGCGCUACCGCGAGUGGUACUCGAUCGCAUUCUGGCCAGCGGUGACAGUGAUCCUGGUGACGAUCGCUCUCCUCUUGCUGGCCGCGCACUUUGCCAUGCGGCUGGCCAAACGCCGGGGCCAGAGUCCCGUCAUACGCACGCCCAUGAUCCUGCGCCCGGGCCUUAUGGACAACAAGAACUGCGGCCUCGUCUACAAGCCUCUGCAAGAGGAGAUCGCCACACCCCACAUGCCCAAGAGAGGCAGUUUCUACUCCAGUAGCACCUUCCACUACGACAAGAUCGUGCCCGAGAGCGUUUAACUCCUCUCGCGCUAACCCUGAUCCCACGACCAUCCCACCAUCCCAUCCUGAU